AUGGUCAUGCAGGUGGACUACCAUCUUAUUCCUGUGCUCGCCCUGCUUUACAUGUGUUCUCAUGUCGAUCGGAACAAUCUUGGCAAUGCAAAGAUCGAAGGAAUGGCAACGGACCUUGGGUUGGUUGGCAAUCAGUAUAACAUCGCGAGCACACUGUUUUUCGUCCCUUACAUUAUCUUUGAAAUCCUCUCGAACAUCAUGAUCAAAAAGACACGCCCAAGUGUCUGGCUGUCUGUCCAAGUCGUGACGUGGGGUGUGGUGAUGACCUGUAUGGGAGCCGUGCAGGGCUUUGCGAGUCUGACUGCCUGCAGAGUACUACUGGGGAUCUGCGAGGCUGGUUUCUUCCCAGGGGCCGUGUUCCUAGUAUCCCAGUGGUAUCCCCGGUAUGAAGUCCAGCAGCGACUAGCUUUGCUCUAUACUGCAUCCGCCAUCUCGGGGGCGUUCAGCGGCCUCUUAGCCUACGCGAUUUCACAGAUGGACGGUCUUCGCGAAAUUGCAGGCUGGCGGUGGAUCUUCAUCCUCGAGGGCAUCGUCCCCGUGGCUCUGGGGGGGCUUUUACCCAUUCUCCUCCCCGACAGCCCCGAGCGAGCCAAGUGGCUGACCUCAGACGAGAAAAGAUACAUCGACCUUCGCCUCCGACAAUCAGGAGUUCGCUCCGCUACGAGUGCAGAAGAGGACGACAAAUUCUCGUGGUCACUGCUCCUCCAGACCAUGCUGGACUGGAAGAUCCUCCUUGGGGUCCUCUUGGCGAUGGUCAAUGCCGCACCAAAUGCGGCGUUUGCCUACACAAUGCCGACCAUCAUUAACCAUCUCGGCUUCGAGGCGCAGAAAGCGCAGCUGCUGACCAUCCCGCCCUACUUCUGCGGCGCCGUCUCCAGCUGGCUCAGCGGCCGCCUGGCGGACCGGUUCACUUGGCGCUUUCCCUUCAUCGUAGCGCCUAUGUUCGUGAUGUUGAUCGCCUUCGUGCUGCUUUUCGUACUCUCGGCGGAUAUCGACGCCUACAAGAGACCUCUCUAUUUUGCCAUCAUCCUAGCCCAAAUCGGCAUCUACCCCUUGCUCCCUGGGAUCUCUGCGUGGACGGGGAACAAUCUCCCCCAGUCGUGGAAAAGGUCCAUUGGAAUGGCGUGGUUGCUGGCUGCUGGGAAUACAGGAAGUUUUAUCGGCACGAACGUAUUUCUGGAGAGGCAAGCGCCGCACUUUACGGUGGGCUACGGGGUCUCGUUGGGUAUCAUUGCUAUGGGUAUUGUCGCGUGCUGCGUCUUAGAGCUCUCUCUUUGGCGACUGAACCGAGCAAAAAGCGAGAUCUCCGAGGAUGAGGUGCGAGCGAAGUAUACCCCGGAGCAACUGGCUUCGAUGGGAGAGAAGAGCCCCCUUUACAUGUACACACUGUAG